GAAGCCGAAAUGUGUUUAUUUUUGUGAUACAUUGUCAGACAGAUGGUAACAAUAUUACAUGUAAUGUGAGUUAUGAUGUUUUAGACACAAAAUAACAACCAAUAACAAAGUGUGAAGCUCUGAAGAUACGAAUUAUGAACUUUGAACUUUGACUAUCAUCAUGGCAGAAGUAAAAGCGUGUAAAGUGUGUAACAUUAGCCGACACAAGUAUUACGGACUGGCGGUAACCUCUCUGGAUCAGCUCAAAAUAAAAGGUGGUGAGGCUCUGGGUUUCAGUCCCAGUGAAUCUGUCACAGUGGUGCUAGAAGAUGAUGGGACCAUUGUAGAAGAUGAGGCUUACUUUUUGUGCCUGCCAGCAAAUACAAAAUUCAUGCUGUUGCAUGCAAACGAAAUAUGGAUGCAUUCUCAUCAAGUUGAUGGAGGGACAGCGCAGUCUUGCAGAAAGUCCACUGAUGUUGAGGUAGAUGGAAAAGAUGAAGUUGAUGGGUUUGAAUCUUGGCGCAGUUUGGCAGAGCAGCUCAGACAGGACCUGGCCAGUAUUAUCCUCAUGUCCGAGGCAGAUCUACAGAGUCUGAUUGAUGUGCCAUGCUCAGAUCUGGCUGCAGCGUUGGACUUCUCGCAGCAGAAAACCCAGGUCCUACAGGACACUCUGCAGAGAAUGCUGGACCGCAGGGAAGAAGAGAGACAGUCCAAAGACUUACUGAGGCUCUAUUUGAAAGCCAUAGAACAAGAAGGCACCUGGGACCCACAAGAACAAAGCGCUAGACUAGAUGAGACAGAUGGGGUGCAGGUGGAGGCCGCAGCAGGGUUCAGCUCCACAACGCUAAUGGUCCUGAAGGACAAAAAAUACCCAGAGACCAGACUGUCCAAUGAAGAGCUACAGAUGGUGGCGGGGCAUGGAGUGGAGGUCAUGAUGGAGGUGUUGGGCUGGGACGGUGAAAGGACAUCAGCGCUGGUCCAGGCAUGUGAAAGUGAGCUCAGUAAACGCCUACAGCGAGUUCAAGGCCUGCAAUCCCUCAAUGCUCAAAAUCAGUCCACAUCACAACCACACACUGAGAGAGAGACCCGAGCCAAACGCCGCAAAACACACACACACUGAUUAUUAUUUUUGGACUGCUUGAUUACACUCCAUCUAACAAGAAAAAUGAAUUUUUGAAUUCUCAUUUUUGAAUUAUUUUGAUAAUAGUAUAUUGUAUAGAAAUGCCAAAGCAUAAUAAAAGUCAUGUUUUUAAGCAAGGAAAACAUA